AUGAGCAAACUUCUAAUUUUCCUGAUCAUUCCUGCUGUUCUUUCGAGAGAUUUGAGAUUUUCCGAUUUAUCAACCACAGUUCAACCUUCUCCUCAACAACAACAAAAUGCUUCAAUAAUUGGAUAUCAAUUUUUGAACACAUUGCUAAAUGCAGCAAGAUCAAACAAUUAUUCCAUCUUUGAUCCAGAAUUCUUCGCUCCAAUUCUUGAUAAAAAUGGAACUUCAAUUGGAGAAGCAUCAAAAGAAUCUUUAUUCCGAAUUUUAGGAGGAGUUCCUCCAAAUCUCGAUAUUGAACAAGUUUUUCCAAGAAAUUACUUGGAAUUUGGCUUAUUCGAAUCAUAUGGAGAGCAAUAUUUGAGCAUUGACAAAACCGAAGAUGAUGUUCAUGUUUACUUUACUGUUAAAAUUUUGGGCGAAAAUCAAUUCAGAUUUAUAUCUCUUAUAUUUGUCGGUGUAACUGCUGAUACUUCAUCUGGAUUAAUUCAAAAACUUAUUUGA